AUGGAGCCUGGUUUUACUUAUGUUUACUUUAAUAAAAGGAAAAAUUUUGGUAGACAACCCAUGUUUUCUGAAGUUCCUGUUACAUUGAUAGACUCCAUUCAUCCUGAUAAGAGUGAACAAAAUUUAUAUUGUUUACGUAACCCUGUGAAUCAUGAAACUCAAACUAGUAAUAAUUGUUCAAAUCAUUAUGUAAAUACUAAAAUUACAACAUAUUGCGACCAAGGAGUUGAACAUGUCGAAGGCGGAUGGCCAAAGGAUGUUAGUUUGAAUGACGAAGAAGCAACAUUCCGAUAUCGCAGACGCACUGAACGUGAAGAAAUGUAUUGUAAUGCAAUUAUGAAUACAUAUUCCCAGUUUGAACAUUAUAUUCAACAAAAUAAUGCUAUCAAUAUGUAUAACAUGUAUUUUAAAGAAAUAGAUUCACAACAUCCAGUGGAAAAAUAUUCAAUUCGAACAGGAAAAGUAUCAACCGAUAAAGACAAACGCCCAGUUGCUUCAAUUUGUUGGACUUGUGAAGAUGAUUCUAAGCUUGUGGCUGCAUAUUGUAAUAAAAAAUACCCAAUAACUGGCGACGUUAAUAAAAACUUUGAAUGUUUUGUUUGGGAUAUUGAGUAUCCAAAAGAGCCAUAUGAAUAUUUCAAACCUCCGUCUGCAUGCUGGCAAAUAGUUUGCUCACCAUCAUUUCCAAAAGUAAUUUUUGGUGGUCUUCAAGAUGGUAGAGUAAGUAUUUUUGAUAUUCGUGAACAGAAUGAACCAGUAGUAUUAAGUCCUAUGCAUUUGGCUCACCGGGACCCUGUAAGUACGCUACAGUUUAUGCAUUCUCGUCUAAAUACAGAAUUUUUUAGUGGCUCUAGUGAUGGAAAAUGUAUGUGGUGGGAUAUUCGAAAUAUGUCCCAACCGACCGACGAACUUAUUAUGUCUGUGCGAUAUCCUUCGAUUGAUAAAGCUAGUCUAGCUGAUUCAGAAGGAGUAAGUGCAUUACAGUUUGACAGAAGUUUUCCAACAAAAUUUCUCUGUGGAACUGAUACAGGUUUGGUAAUAAAUGUCAAUCGAAAAGGUAAAUCUCAUGCAGAAAUAAUGAGUGCCGUAUUAAAUGCUCACAUUGGACCUGUUCGAGCAGUACAUCGUAGUCCUUGUUCGGCUAAAAUAUUCAUAACUUGUGGUGACUGGACGACUAAUGUUUGGAGUGACGAUGUGCGUACUGCACCUAUUAUAUGUGGAAAGGCACAACGUAAUCAGAUUUCUGAUGUAAUAUGGGCUCCACAUAGAGUUUCAGGAUACAUGUCAGUAAGUAUUGAUGGCAGAUUUAGAUACUGGGAUCUUCUACGAAAACAUCAUGAACCUGUUUUGGCUGUGAAAAUCUCUAAAUACCCUCUAUCGAAAGUAAUAAUGAAUGAAAACAAUCACCUCAUCGCUGUCGGCGACAUGAAUGGAACUUUAAAACUCAUAAGACUAUCUGAAAACCUGGUUUGGUCUGAAGAAAAAGAUAAGUCGUUGAUGAUGCAGUGUUUCGAACGCGAAACUCGACGUGAACAUAUUCUUGAGACAAGGGUUAAAGAAAUACGACUAAAACAGAAAGCAGAAGAAGAAGCUGAAUUUGAAUUAGUAGACGAGGAUAUUAUAAUACGCAACGCAGAAAUUGAUUAUUUAAGAACUAUAACAGAAGAAAAACAAAAAUGCGAUACUUUCACCGACAGGUCUGGAGACAGAAGUCACAAAAUGCCUGCACGAUAG